GUGUGUGUGUGUGUCAGUUCGUAGGUAAAACAUUCCGAUACUGUCAGAUGUUGUUUCUCUGUGAGAGUUACCGCGAACGAUGCGACUCCGAGCCAAACGGACGCUCCAAGGCUUGGUACUGACAGCGAUCCUGUGUCUGAUUGCUCUCCAACUCAGCAUACCGAGCAAUGGCUCGGAGAUCACGGCGGAAGUUGAACGAGGAGGGGGACAUGGCGAUGGUGUUUUUGAUGCUCUUCCAUUCAUGAGUGAGAAAGUGGACGGUGCAGGUAUAUCGAAAGCCCUCUUUCACGAUAGAAGGCACAUACAAGGACUGCCAGAUGCCCAGAUUGAUUCUGUGAGGAGAAAGGCAGUCGACAAGUUCCAGCAACUGAAUUCAAGCGACGAAGCCUCCUUGUUUUCACAGGACGAAGGAGACAUUGUUGACCAGCGACCAGCUGCACACAAACCAAAACAUGGAUCGCUUGCCCAGAUUCACUCGAACGUUUACAACCGUAAUCGAACUCAAAGUAAUAAUUCAAGCAAUGUUCAACUCGGUGGAUAUGCCAAGUUGAGCAUGGGACUUCUCGAUAUGUCUCAGAUGGUCACGUCGCCAGUAAACAGUCCUCGGAGGACGGAACUCUCUGACAUAUUUAUUGGGGUGAAGACGACGAAGCGAUACCACGCCGAACGCCUGGAUUUGCUACUUGAUACUUGGGUUGAUAUGUCCUUAGAGCAGACCUACUUAUUUACUGAUCAAGAAGAUUAUGAGUACAAUAAAAAACUACAUGGCCAUUUGAUCAAUACUAAUUGCUCUUCUCUUCACACGAGGCAGGCCUUGUGUUGUAAAAUGUCUGCUAUGUAUGACAUGUUUUUAGAAUCACAUAAAAGAUGGUUUUGUCAUGUUGAUGAUGAUAAUUAUUUAAAUGUAGCUCAGUUAGUUAAACUUUUACAACAGUACAGACACACUGAUGACGUUUAUCUGGGAAAACCAAGUCUUUCACAUCCUAUAGAAGCAGUUGAUAGGACAAAUAACAUGCGACGAGUGUCAUUUUGGUUUGCUACUGGCGGUGCUGGUUUCUGUCUCAGUAGAGCAAUGGCUCUGCAUAUGAGUCCAUAUGCAAGUGGUGGUUCUUUCUCUUCAAUGUGCAACAGAAUUCGUCUUCCGGAUGACGUAACUGUAGGAUUCAUAGUUGAGGUGCUGCUCAAGAAAAAAUUGACCAAAGUGAGCGAAUUUAAUUCUCACCUUGAGGCUCUUUGGCAAAUUAAGAAGUUGGAUUUACCCAAACAGGUAACUCUGAGCUAUAGCAAAGGCACCAAGAAGUACAAAAAUGUCAUCACACUUGAUAAUAGAGUAUUUAGUGAUGAACAAGAUCCUACAAGGUUGAAAUCAUUACACUGUAUGAUGUUUCCUCAAGUUGGUGAAUGUGCGUUGAUGGCGAGACCUCCAUCUCUCCUGUCAGGACUUGAUGAUGGAUGGCCACAUCUUGGAAAAGGCAAUGUUGUAUAACAGUACAUCCUAUUAUCAGGAGUUGCCAAAUAGCUUAAUAGCGUCCGUGCUACCCUAUGGAGAGGUAAUUGGGCACAAGUUUGAUUACCAGGUGCAUUAUGUGUUUUUGAGUUAAUGGCUGGUGUAUCUCCAAACUAUGUUUAGUAUUGCUUUUAUAUUGUUUUAUCAUCAGGCCAAUACUUACCCAGUCAACCAACUACAGCAAUUUUUUAAUAAAAGGAUUGAUUGCAAUGAACUGUUCAGGCCAAAAUUUACCUUCCAAGAACCGUUCAAACUAGAUUGAUCAUGCCAAAUUCCAAGAACUGGUCACAGUGAACAAACCAGGCCAAAAUUUACCUUCCAAGAACCGUUCAAACUAGAUUGAUCAUGCCAAAUUCCAAGAACUGGUCACAGUGAACAAACCAGGCCAAAAUUUACCUUCCAAGAACCGUUCAAACUAGAUUGAUCAUGCCAAAGUUCCAAGAACUGGUCACAGUGAACAGACCAGGCCAAAAUUUACCUUCCAAGAACCGUUUAAAGUAGAUUGAUCAUGCCAAAUUCCAAGAACUGGUCACAGUGAACAAACCAGGCCAAAAUUUACCUUCCAAGAACUUUGCAAAAUUUGUAUUUAUAUUCCAUGAACACAGGCCAAAUUAUUUUUUAAGAACUGUUACUGAAAUUAACUGGCCAGGCCAAAUUUUUUUCCAAGAUCUCGAAGAUCUUAAUGAACAAACUGACAAGGUCAAAUUUAUAAUCCAAGAACUUUUCACUGAACCAACCUAACUAAAUUAGUCUUCCAAGAAGAUAACAAAAGUUUCAAAUCAUGUACAUUGUACAACAUGACCAGGUGAAUGCAAUAUUGCAAUUGAUCAAUAAUGCUCUAAUUUA